AUGAGACUCCAUGUCUGGCAGAGGCACAGGAACCUGCUCGGAUCCCACACUUGUCUACACCAUGGAGUUUAUGGAGUGAUUCUGCAGCCUCCUGAUGCUCCCUCAGGCUCAGUGAGCUGUAGAGGUGAAGUUGGGUCGCUCAACCGAUCACCCGCUGCGAUGUCUCUCUCACAGCCAAGCCGGGCGAACGUCAGAUAUCUCAACUCGACUGAUAUUUGA